UGUCAGGCUCUAUUUAGUGGGCGUUGCCUUGCUUCUGAAAUCCUCUGCUUCGUUGUCUCUGAGUAGUUGGCAAUUAACCCCUUUUUCAUCUCUCUCUCUUCUUCUCAUCCAACCAAUAACCAAAUAGAAAAAUCCCCAUUUCAAAACUUCUUCUGAGAUUCCACAAAUCCUCUGUUUUUGCGAAGAACAGAGGAACAAACAUCAUACACCCAGAAACAUUGUUAAGGAAUGAAUGGUGAAACAACCUCUGAUUAUGUCGAAGUUGAUCCCACAGGAAGAUAUGGAAGAUACGAUGAAGUUCUUGGCAAAGGAGCUUCGAAGACAGUUUACAGAGCCUUUGAUGAAUACGACGGCAUUGAAGUGGCGUGGAAUCAAGUGAAGCUUUGUGAUUUUCUUCAAACUCCCGAAGAUCUCGAACGGCUAUACAGAGAAAUCCAUUUGUUGAAGACUCUUAAACACAAAAACAUAAUGAAAUUUUGUUCUUCUUGGGUUGACACUGCGAAUAGAAACAUUAACUUUGUGACAGAGAUGUUCACUUCUGGAACUCUUAGACAAUACAGGCUGAAGCACAAGAGAGUAAACAUCAGAGCUGUGAAGCAUUGGUGCAGACAGAUUUUAAGAGGGCUUCUUUAUCUUCAUAGCCAUGAGCCUCCUGUAAUCCACAGAGAUCUUAAAUGUGAUAAUAUUUUUGUUAAUGGGAAUCAAGGGGAAGUCAAAAUUGGUGAUCUUGGCCUUGCUGCUGUUCUUCGUAAAUCCUAUGUUGCUCGUUGCGUUGGAACGCCGGAGUUCAUGGCUCCAGAGAUUUAUGAAGAGGAGUAUAAUGAAUUGGUUGAUAUCUAUUCUUUUGGAAUGUGCAUUCUGGAGAUGGUUACUUUUGAAUAUCCAUACAGUGAAUGCAGCCACCCUGCUCAGAUUUACAAGAAAGUUAUCUCUGGGAAGAAGCCAGAUGCUUUGUAUAAGGUAAAGGACCUCGAGGUUCGGUGUUUCAUCGAGAAAUGCUUGGCCACCGUAUCGACUCGGCUUUCUGCUAGGGAGCUUUUGAAUGAUCCUUUUCUUCAAAUUGAUGGUUAUGGUUGUGAUUCCUUGCUGAGGCCAAUUGAUGGAGUUCCUCAUGGUCCCUUGGCUAAUGGGUAUGGGAAAGUUUUGGAUUACGGUCCGAUUGACAACGAAGUGAGCGAGAUUGAUCUUUUCUCCGGUCAAGAGGACGAGCAUUUGGCAGAUGAUGAUAUUACUAUCAAAGGGAGAAGGAGAGACGACGACGAUAUAUUUCUACGACUUCGAAUUGCAGAUAAAGAAGGUCGGAUUCGAAACAUCUACUUCCCGUUCGAUUUGGAGAAUGAUAGUGCUUUGAGUGUUGCAAAUGAGAUGGUUUCUGAGCUUGAUAUCACUGAUCAAGAUGUGAAGAAGAUUGCUGAUAUGAUUGAUGGCGAAAUUGCUACAUUGGUGCCUGAAUGGAAGAGGGGAACAAGCUUAGAGGAAGCUCUAGAUUGCACUGAUUCUAAUGUUUGUGCUUUAAAUAGUAAUCUUUUGGAUUAUGUUUCGCCUCAAAAUCCUGCACACCUGCACAUUCUUCAGUGCUCUCAUGAACAUGGCUGUGCUUCCAUCCAUGGCCGUUUUGAAGAGAUCACAUAUCAAGUCGAAGGGUCGGAACAGUUCAAUGGAGAAGAGGAUUCGAGCGAUAUCCAUUAUGCCGAUAUUUGGGCGCAACGAGAUGGACCGGAGGUUGUUUCACAUGAACAUGGAGAAGUUAGUUGCAAGGAACGACAUGGAAUGUCGGAGCAGCCGAAACUUAGAACAGAAUUCGAAACGAGAAACUCUAGCUCGUUGAAUCAUUCGAUGUCGUUCACCGAUGAUCACGAGAACGAAAUUCGACAAGAACUCAGAUGGCUCAAGGCUAAGUAUCAAAUGCAGUUGAGGGAGCUAAGAGAUCGACAGUUAGGAGUCAAAACGAAAUCCGUUAGCUUGCACCCGAAUCCCAACCUCGCCGAGAUCGACAUUGGGAAGGACAUUGCUUCACGUUCCCUCCAUGUUGCUGAUAACAUGUCGGAAAACCAGACAUUUCGAGACGAGAACGUUGUGGACGAGUCGAGUAUUCCCGAGCUGAUGUUUACGGGCAAGAGUUUCUAUACGGGAGCGUUGGUGCCUCAUUCUCUACAAAGGGCAACUUCCCUUCCUGUUGAUGCCAUUGAUUUUUAGAAUCCUCACUAACAAAGUUGACAUUACAGUAAAAAAAGCUCUGUUUUAUCCUUGAAGCCUUUGACAGCCCAUUUGUUUGAAUUUGGUAUCCAAUUGGUGAAGGUGAGAUGCCAUUUUAGAGGCACUACAUAUGGCGUAGAGCCGAAGUGGAAUGGUCCCUUGGCGCUUUGAAGGCUGCAUAUUGAAUAUGUCAUGAGCUUCAAAGUUCCAAGUUGGCCAAGUUGGUUGGAUAUUGAAGCCUGGCCAGAACUUUCAAUUUGAGGCUGUUGUGGCUCUUUACCAACCUUUCAAUACAAACAACCAACUAAAUACAUCUCUUUUUUACUGUCCUA